AUGCCAGCUGGUGCUGCAGCUCAGGGUCCCGUGGUGCCCCCCUGCAAAGGUCCCAUGGCACUGGGCCGGGCUGUGCUGGUGAUGCUGGUGCUGAGCAGCCUUUGGGCAUGCAGGGCCGUGCCACCACUGGAGCCAGGCCAGCAGCAUGGCAUGCAGUGGGUCUGGGGGGCAGCCAAGCAGGCCCAGGCUGAGCCCCUGCCACUCUCCCGCAGGAGAAGGGACGAUGGUGGGCAGCAGCCCCCUGCCACCAAGGCGGGGCACAGCCACGCUGCCACCACGCUGCCCAGCAGCAAUCAGACUGAUUCCCUGGAGCCCAACCUGCUGCUGGGCUCUGUGCCAACACCAGCACCUACCACCAACACCAGCCUGCAGCAGGGGCUCGUUGUGCCAACCAUUAGGGACUUGCAGGAUGAGACCGAUUCUCCUGAGCCUGACCUGGUGCUGAGCUCUGUGCCACCAGUGGCACCCAGCACCAAUGCCAGUCUGUACCGGGCACUGGUGGUGCCAACCACAACAAAUCCACAGGAUGAAACUGAUUCCCCUGAUCCCGAUCUGAUGCUGAGCUCUAUGCCACCACCACCACCACGUGCCACCAAUGCCAGCCUGCAGCAGGGGCUUGCAGUGCCAACCACGAUGGAUCCAGAGGAUGAGACAGACUCCCCUGAUCCUGACCCGCUGCUGGGCUCUGUGCCACCACCAGCACCCAACACACAGGCAGCCCCCCGAAAGAGCUUCACCACCAUCCUUGGGCUCUCGUUGCCCAGCAAGGAGGGGACAGCAGGCAGUGACACAGACAGGAGCUCAGUGACAUCCCCAGCCCUCGGUGCCACCACCAGGGGUGACAAGGUCAAGAAAUCCAAGUCUCCAUCCACUCCAACUCCUUCAGCCCCUUGGCACACGAAGCCCCAGGGGACCACAGUGCCACCCCCCUGGGAGCCCAGCAGGGCGGUGGGCAAGUGCCUGCUGGCCAUACUGGUGCUGGCACUGGUGGCUGCCACCUUCAUGGUGUGCACGGGGGUGCUGGGCACCCUGCUGUGGCGCCGGGCACGGACAGCACGGCGCCAGUUCAACCACAGCGAGAUGGUUUGCAUCACCUCCCUGCUGCCCGACAGCGAGGUGCCCACCAACGGCCCCAGAGCUGCCCUGGCCCAGCGCCCGAAGACGCUGCUCCACGCUGGCUCCGAGGUGGAUGGUGACAACCUGACUCUCAGCAGCUUCCUGCCAGACCACUCUUGA